AUGCCAGGAAUUCUCCCCAUGAAAGUGAUCAAGGUCGGCAAUAACACGCAGAGUCGUAUUGCCCAAGCCUGUGACCGGUGUCGAAGCAAAAAGAUCCGCUGCGACGGUAUUCGCCCAUGCUGCACACAAUGUGCCAACGUCGGCUUCGAGUGCAAAACCAGCGAUAAACUCAGUCGACGAGCGUUUCCCCGUGGAUACACAGAGUCUCUGGAAGAACGAGUACGGACACUAGAAGCUGAGGUCAGGGAACUUAAGAGUCUCCUGGAUGAGAAGGAUGAGAAGAUUGAUGUGCUCUCUCGGAUACACUCUUUCUCCUCACCUUCACAGCAGAAGACUCCUGCUGCUGUGCACUCUCCGACUCAGCCUCCCCCGGCUGCUCCAACGAGUGUGCCUACCCCCAGUGAGGGAGCCGUUCAUGUUCCGGAUCCGGUUGCUUUGAGCAGCACAGAGGAGUCCGGGGUUUCGAACACCCGUGGCUUUGCUGCUGUCUUCACCAACAUGCUUGCAGACCAAGGCCGGCUAGCUCCAGAAACUUCCACUAAAGCUUUGUCUGCUUCUCCUACUCCUAUUACUCCUUCUCGUCUCGACCAGCCUCUGAAAACAACGCCUCGGCUUGUAUCGGAUCAGCUUAUCAACAUUUUCUUUCAAGAAUGGGCACCUCUUUACCCGGUUGUCCACCGACCUACCAUCCUCAAGGCAUACGAGCAAUACCUUUCCAAUUCCGAACACAUUCAAGGCAACAAACAUGAGAUGGCCCAGCUGAAUCUGAUCUUUGCUGUUGCUGCACUCGGCGCUAUUUCGAGAACCAACCAGGACCCUACCCUCUUUGAGGAGAAUUGGUCUUCUAUUCUUGAGUCGUUACAUGCCGACAUUUCUAUCCCAACCUUGCAGUGUUACGUGUUGGCACAAAUGUAUUGCUUGACCAAGGGUGACUACACAAAUGUUCUGCGCUAUCGUGGUGUAGCUGUUGGCGUCUGCCACCAAUUGAAACUGCAGAAGAGUCAGAAGGCUUUCUCAUCGAACGCUCUUCUUGCUGAGACCAGGAAGAAAGUUUUUUGGUGCCAAUAUGUUCUGGAUCGUCUUUGCGCUUCUUUGACUGGUCUUCCUGUUCUUCUUCGCGAAGAGCACAUCCAGACUGAGUAUCCCGAAGAUAUCGAUGAUGAGAACGUGACGGAAACCGGUUUCUUGCCCACCUUGCCCGGCGAGUCCACACGUAUCUCCAGCGCCCUCGCCCUGUUUUCCGCAUCUAGAGUUCUGAACAGCACGUUGGAGAAUAUCUACCCGUCUGACGGUGCAUACGAAAUCCCAUUGUCAAAAAUGCGUUUCGUUACGGAACAGCUCGAUAAAUGGGUCAAGAGCCUACCCGCUCAUCUUCACUUGGAGUUCACACAGGAUAAGCCGAGCACCAACGUCAUUAGCAGUCGGUCUCCACUUUUGUCUGUGAUGUAUUAUUUCAUUCGUUCUCUCAUCCACCGUCCUGCCGUCUGCUUUGGUGACGAUCACGUUCGUUCACCUUCAGUCCUUGCGAUUGCGGAUUCCGGCAAGCAUAUCAUCCAAAUUCUCCAACUGCUUGACGAGAGGCGCCUAUGUCUCUCUCUUAGCAUCAACCGAAGAGAGCUCAUCAGCUCCGCAGGGCUUGGGCUUCUCUGGCAAAAUGUCGGCCUGAAGCGUGAUAGCAAACUUGUCAAAGAAAGUCAAAAGGUGCUUACAGGCGUUAUUGAUCAGCUUGAGUCUGAAUCAUCCGUGGCUGCGACCGAGUUCAGUGCUCUAGCCGGUGCCCUCGUUUCAUUAGAUACCAAACGACCAACGACCACCAACCCUCAACAAAUGAGCCCACCCGCCCAAAAACCCUUGAAGUCUCCGAGGAGACAGCUGGAGGCAUGGAAGGCGCGCUUGAUCGGCAGCACUAGCCCGGGUCAAUCUCAGCCAAAACCGGAGCCUCUGUCACGCAGAAACACCUUUUCUGGUUCGAGCCCUGGUUUAGCGGAGCGCCAAUUACGUUCUCCUAGUUGGGCUAGCCUACCUCCCAACGACUUCCCGCACCAUGCCCCGAUGAGCAAGAACGUUUACAACCACCCUAUGGGGUAUGAAGGCAAUCCGUCCAUGUCCUGCUCGGUACCGACGGACCAUCCAGCUCCACCAUCAGGAAAUCUAACGGUCUCGGACUGGGAGUUCGUGGUGAGCGAUAUGGAUCAAGGCUACUCGAAUAUAUUCACAGGAAUCUAUGGUGGCAAAGAAUGCGGCGAAGAUCACGGCCCUUUUGCGUCUUUGACUGCUGAGUACAUGCACAAACAAGGACCCGGCCUGCCGCCUUCUUUAACUUCAAGCGAUGAAUUGCAAGGCCUGUCUCCGGAGGCUUGGUCUGCCACUAGCAGUAGCGAUAUGGCUCAACCUCCAGAACUUGCAGCACAGAGUGUCUAUUCGGACGGGAGUCUGGGAAGCAGAGACCACAGCUUGUCACUUCCAAGUACUAUGCCUUUUCCGAUGGAGGAUAGGCCGGGUAGCCUCUUGGAUCCACUUCAAGGCGUUAUUAUCCCUGCUGGAGACGACGAUAUUGAAGAAUUUGGGCUGGUCAACGGUUGGGAUCGACGGCUGGCCGUCUAGAUUUUCCGUUUUCAAGCGCUCUUUUAUCGGUGUACUGGAGUUUCUUCCGGGUACCAUGCUGGUUGGUUUUUUGUUCAGCGAACGAUCAGUUUUUUAGUUUUGGUUUAUGGUUUGCUCUUGCAUUAUGAUACCUGGUUGGAUAGGAGUCUGUCUGUCUGUCUUCUCCAGGUUUUUAAACACACCUACG